GUUCAAUGCCGCACCUCAAAAUGCUUCUGAACCAGCUUCAGGCGCAAGUUUUGCCAAUAGCAUCCAGUCCUUCCUGCUUCUCUUGUUUAGAUGAUUCGAGAUAUCGGUAUUGCUGCAGUCUAGGGAUCUGAGUGCUCAGAACAUUUAAAAAACUGGAGCAGUGCAGUUGACGUGGUCUGCUUUAUUUUUUUUUGUAUAUGUUGUAUUCUUCCGUCUGCUAUGAAUAAGCAAGGAGGCUCCAAGUUGAAGAAACUUUUCAACAAGAGCAAAUCAACAGAAAACGAACCCGACCGUGGGGGUAAACUUUCUCAAAAGCGAUCAAGUAUACCUGUUGGUGAUGCAGAACCCACGAGUCCAAAUGGCGCGAAAAAGAAAACAUUUGGUUCAUGGCGCAAGAAAAAACAUUCAAGCGAACUACCCUCACCUGUGGGUCCAGCGCCGGAUUUUACAGAUGAGACGGAGGACCUCGCUAGUAGAAACAUAGCUUUUGAUGCAAUAAGCAUAAGAACAGAGAACAAUUUAACAUUCCCCAGAAGUUCACCAGACUGGGAAAUGGAUUGUCACUCAGCUACACCCUCUCCAACUAAAUCUUGCAAGAUUCACAGUCCAACAGAGGAGAAAACCGGAGUUUUUGAACGAAUUGGGAGUUUUUUCAAUUCCAGCAAGAGAAGAAAAAGUAGAGAGUCAUCUGAAGUUUCAGAUGCUACAGCUGAAGAACGUGCUGUAUUUGCAGAGUACACAGCCUCCCUUGGGCAGGAUGAGAAAGAGGGGAUCAAGAGAACAGAUUUCCUUGGGUCUCGGGCUUACACAGUGACAGCUUGUGGGGACCAACUGGAAAACAAAGACAAACAAAUAGGAGUGUCCAUAAAACAGGCCGUUCAAAAUCUAGAGGUCGCCACACACAGUAGUAAACUACAGAGUUUUGAAAAGGUCCUUGACUUCACGCAGAAUUCUAAACCAUUUAGCCAGGGUUCAUCCCUGAACAGCCCCAAGAGCCCUGUGAUUAACGUGGGUGGUUCAACAAAGCUUCAGACAGGAGAAGAACAGAGGGUCGAAAGGAACGUGCAGCAUUUUAAAACCUUGCCUUCCAGGAAGGGGUCUGCUGCGGAGUCUGAUUCGGAAAAGACAGGAGGCCCACCCAAGGAACUUCAGGUGUCCUUGGAAGAGACCACUGCAUGUUUACCAAGUCAAUCUGUAGGUAAAAAAUUCUCAAGAAACUCUGAUAUUUCAAAAGUUGACCCAAAAUACCAGGAAGUUACACAGACAAAGUUUGCAUUUCAAGAGCCCUUCAGCACCAAGACAUUCAAGCAUAACAGGGAUUUGCCUUUACCUGAGCAUCCUAGGGAGAGUCUGCUAACAGCCAAAGAAGUAUCCACUGCAUAUCAUUCAGAAAGUCAACCCAGCUUAUGUAAUAAGGAAACACCUUUAGCAGGUAAUGAACCAGAAUCACAAAGCCUUAGAGAGUGUUCAGAAGUCACAUCCAAGAAAGAAACUCAAGUUUUCACUGUAGAAGUCUUCUUACAGAGUGAGGGUGACUGUGGCCCUGGCCUCUUAGCUGGAGAAUAUCCUGUUCCGGAAGCUGAAGUAAUGGGAAGAAAGAGUAGACGCAGUGGGGGUAGAAGAUCACUGAAAUCUGCUGACUGCCAGCAGUCUAUUGAGGAGAAACCAGGAAGCAACACAGGUAAUACCUUCUGUGAUGUCACGGAAACGAAGAUCAGCCCUGAAAUAGGAAACAGAGUCGAGGUUUCUCAGCAAGCACUUGAAGCUGGGAGCAUGGUCUUGUUUAAUCAAGAGGGGAGGGUGGAAACACCAGAACUGAUUAAGCAACAACUCCCAAGCUCUAAGCUUCACAGGAAAGACACAAUGGAUCAACGCUCACCUCCACCAGAGUUUGCUUUACCUGCUUCCAUGAAUACUUGGAGCAAAGAGUGUGCAUCAACAGGCAUCACAGUGCAGGCUGCACUUGAAGGCAAUGCACCAGCUGUGUUUACAACAAAAAACACACAGGUGGGAAAUGCAAACAAGGCUCUACACCAGGAAGACAAUCGGGUUGCAGUCAGUGUUGUGAAGGCUGAAAUUAAGCCCUUGGAGGGAGAAGAAGCAACAGUAUCCUCGGAACCCACCAGCACACCUUCUACAGCACUUCAUGGAGAGGCUUUAUCCAAAAAAGCGAAUUUGCAAUUUGAAGUCACUCCGGGUGAAGCUGAAUACAGUAGAAAGGGUGUGGACGAGCUGACAACCAAGGCCUUCACAACCUCCGUGAAAUCUGAAAUCAAAAUACCACCGAAUCUCCAAAGAGUUGAUGUAGAAGUGAAAUCAGACGAGUCUAAAUUAUCAGAUAAGCCAGGCAAGGUUAAAGACCGGAAAGCCGCGUUUGAAAAUAAAACAACAAGCUUUCAGAAAAAAGAUUUUUAUAUCACAAAAGACAUUGCAUGCUCUCCAAAAUCCUCUAAAGAUUUUAUUGGAAGAGCUAAACUGAAAAUUAAUCCGCCGUCUGGAAGCAAGACUAUGGAACCCAGAAAAAAGAUUGAUGGCCCGAAUAUCAGUGAAGUGGGGGUACAGAGAAAUAUUCAAGAGGAUCUGCAGACAUCAGCAGAGUGCCCAGAUCACACUGAGAAUACUGUCCAGUCAAAUACAUUCAAGCAGAAUCGGUCAUCCACUGAGAAGACUUCUGUUGAGUCUACAUCCCUGAGAACAAAUAUCAAGACCACUAAUGUGACAUCAAAGAGUUCUUCAGAAACUCCACCGCUAGAAAUCAACAACUAUUGUAUUUCGGAACAAAAGAUAGAGCUGAUUGAAAAUGCAAAAACAGAGGUGAUCGAAACCAAAGCACCUGUUGUCAUAAAAGAAGAAUUUCCUUCUACAGUUAAAGGGGCGUUGUCCUCUGUUGAUGAAGGUAAAACAAAGGCACCGGCUGAAGAAGAAAGUAUGUCAGCUGCAUAUAGUUUAGCUACACAGCAGACUACAGUAAUUACCCAAAUUCAGGAACAAGUAAAAGAUAAAGCCGCACAUAAACCCCUAGCUGAUACCAAACAGGAAGGCUUGACUGGACUAGAUACCUAUAAACCGCAACUUGGCAGAAGUACAGCACAAAAUGUUAAUGACUCACCCAGUUCUGCACAUCAAAGAGCAGCAGUAAAACAAUUGGAUUUGAAUAAUGUACCAAUAGAAAGUGACUCAUCUGCAAUUGCAAAGCAAAAUAAAAUAUCUAAAGAAAAAAAUGAUACCAAAACCAAACUACUAUCCUCUGUACUUGACCCAAACACCGUAAAGCAGCAGUCUAAUGAUCUUGUUGAUUCAAAAAAUGAAUUCUCUGCCUCUGAACAACGCAUCACAGUUAUGCAAAAACCUUCCAGUACUGUUGUGAAGACAGUAAGUAAAUUGCCUACAUCUGGACAGAAGAGUCCGAUUAAGGAACAAUCUGAUAUUAGUUUGCAGAUGGGAAGCAAACUGCCAAGACCUGUUCAGAAAAGUAUCUCUAAGCAGCUAUCUAAUAAUGAUACUGUAGAACAAGAAGCAAGUGAUUCUGCUCAGCACAUGCCUACUGAGCAACAACCUGGGAGUAAUAUUUUAAAAGCAGAAAAAGAUCCCCAUACGUCAUUACAACAAAACACCACAAAGCCACAACCAGACAAUGCAGUUGUAAAGACGGUAAGUGAACUGUCUGCAUUGGAACAGAGGAGUCCCAUUAAGGAAAAAUCUGGUGAUAUUUUACAGACUGGAAGCAAAUUGCCUAGACCUGUUGAUAAAGGCACCCCCAAGCAGUUGUCUAAUAAUGAUACUGUUAUUACAACAAGUGAAUCAGUGAAAUUGGUCCAGAAAGAUAUCACUGAGCAACAGUCCAACAGUAACAUUUUACAAAGCGUGAAGAAGGAACUGACUACCAACACACAAUCUGAUAAUAUAAAACCAGAAAGUGAAUUACCUGGGCAGAAAAGUACAUCUGUAAAAAAAUCUGAAAGUAGUAUCGUACAAAAGGAAAAGGAGUUUAGUACAUCUGUACGGCAAUCUGCUAUCAAGGUACAAGCAGAAAGCAAUGUUGUAAGAACAGCAGGUGAAUUGCCUACAACUGGAGAGAAGAGCCUUACUAAGAAACAGUCUGAAGUUAGCCUUGUACAGGCAGAAAAAGAGUUGCCUAAAUCUGAGCUGACUAGGACCACCAAAGUACAAUCUGAGAAUGUUGUGGAACCAACCAGUGAAUUGACCACAUCUGAACAGAAAAGUUCUGUUAAACAAUCUGAGAGUAGGGUUACACAACGUGAAAAAGAGUUGAAUACAUCAGUGCAGCAAACUACAAUCACAGUACAAUCUGAGACUACAACUAAGGAACUGUCUAAAAGUAAUAGUGUGCAAAAAGAAAAAGAAGUUUCUAAAUUAGUACAGGACAGCACCACAAAGGUAGACUCUGACCCCAGCGUUGUAAAAGUAAUGGGGGAAUUGACUACAAAAGGACAGAAGAGUCCUGCAAAGAAACAGUCUGAAAGUGACACUGUACAAGCAGAAAAAGAUUUGCCUAAAUCUGUGCAGAUGAGCACCACCAAGGUACAAUCUGACACAAAUGUUCUGAAAACUGCAGAGGAAUUGACUACAAGUGGACAGGAGAGUCCUGCAAAGAAACAGUCUGAAAGUAACAUUGUCAAAACAGAAAAAGACCUGCCUAAAUCUGUGCAGAUGAGCACCACCAAGGUACAAUCUGAGAAUGUUGUGGAAGCAACCAGUGAAUUGACCACAUCUGGACACAAAGAUUCUGUUAAGAUACAAUCUGAGACUGGCUUUGCGCAAAAGAAAUUAAGCAGGACUGGACAGGAAAGUUCUGCUAAGAAACUAUCUGAAAUAAAUAUUGUACAAGUGGGAAAAGACUUGCCAAAUUCUGUCCAGAAUGUUGUUGAAGGAACAAGUGAAUUGACUACACAUGGACAAAAAAGUAAAAAUCCAUCUGAGUGUAUUGGCCAACAAAAGGAAGAAGAGUUGAGUGCAUCUGGACAGCAAACUAAAAUCUCCAAAGCACAGUCUGACGGCGAGGUUGUAAAAACAGUUGGUGAAUUGGCUGGGACUGGACAGGAGAGUAAUGUGCAAGCACAAAAAGACUUGCCUAAAUCUGAGCAGAAUGUUGUAGAAGCAACAAACAAAUUGACAUCUGGACAACAACGUACUGUUCAGAAACAGUCGGAGGUUGUUGUCGCACAGACUGACAGCAAAUUGCCUAUAUCUGAUCAUGAAAUCUGUACGACCCAACAGCAAUCCAAAAGUAAUGUUUCACAUGCAGAAGACAAAGGGCCUAUCUUAGUGAAACAAAAUGCUGUCAAGGGGCAGCUGGAGAGCAGUGUUGUGAAAACAGUAAGUAAACAGCCGACAACUGUAAAGGAAAGUAAAGGGAAGAAGCAGUCUGAUAGUAAUAUUGUGCACGCUGGCAGUGGUUUGCCAUCAUUAGUAGAGCAAGAAAAAGAAGACACAAAAGAAAAUAAAUGUUUAUCUGUGAAUGCCACAGCUUCGGUAGAACAUGAGUCUGCAACAAAUGCAUCUUUAAAUCAGGUGCAACACAGUUCCCAGCAAAAAGAGAACAAGCUCCCAACCUCAAAUAUCACAGGAGGUUCUUUACAACAUGUUCAGAUGGAAAGCCUGUCACAACCCACCUCUGUUACAACUAUACAGAGUCAUGCAACCAAUUCACCAAAAAGUGAAAAAAAAGCCACAACAUCAUUAACAGAUAUUACUGAGUCAGAGUUUCAGAAUAAAAAACAUUUACAGUACAGUGACUUGAGGAAAGGUCCAGAGGCAAAUGUAAACUUGCCUGAAGUUUCACAGAAUGCAGCAGCAGCAGCAAAACAGUAUAUUGUGGGAAAAAAGCGUCCAUUGCCACCUGAGAUUGUAAUGAAAAGCCCAGACCAGUUGAAUAAAAAUUGGUUAGAUGUUGAACAGAGUUUUGGACAAAAAGAGCAAAAUGUAGAAAAUAAGCGAAAUACCUCUGAGAGUGAUGAUAGUGCCUUGGACAUGUCCGGUGAUUUGGAGAGCUUUGUAGAAAACAUCAGGAACAUGGGUAGCCCAUUCUCUUUGCCACAGAAGAGGCUAAAGCCUCUCAAAUCACCAGCACCACCCUUUGCCAUGCCACCCAUUAAGGAAGACCGGUUUGAGAAAGCCCUUGAUCCAGAUGUCUUCAAGUUUGGUUUAGGGAAAAAAGAAAAAUCAAAUGACCCACCCCCAUCAAGACUGCUCAAGCUGCAAAGCAUGGAAGCAAAAAGCAAGCUCAUCCCCAAGCGUAGAACUGCAGAACAGAGUAUGCUGUUCAAAUCAUUGCAGUCACCAAGCAAAAACAUUAAGGAAACUUGGAAUGCAGGCAAGUCGGAGAAUGAGUCUGUAGACACUGUUGUCGGGAGGUCACGUCUUGGGAAAAGCUCGGUUGUUUCAAGCCUGAUGAAUCUGUCAGCGACAACCAAUACAGCUCAUAGUACUGAUACCAAAACCACAGUAUCUCAAGAAACUAAGAGCACAGCUUCUCCCUUGCCCUCCUCUUCAUCACAGCUUGGUUUGCCUACAGGUAUAUCCCAGAUUUCCCUGCCGCUAAAUGAAGUAGAUGGAACAAAUGACUCUCUUGGUCCACCCUCGUUUGAGUUCCGAAGUUUUAUGGAGAAAUAUCGGAAACCAGAGGACACAAAAGCAGCACCAGUUCUGGAAAGUAGCUUCCAAAUGCCAGAGUUCAAACUUCCUGAAUUUCCUCAGUUGGGGCUAGAGUCCAGUACUGACUUUAAUGACAGGUUUGCCAACGGGAGCCAGGAUUUCUCAGGGUUAUAUAACCCCGGUCUACCUGGAACUCCGGCCCUUAUCCCUGGAAUGCCAGCUCAAAACAUGGAGAUUCCUAUUUUAGACCAGAGAAGGAUCCACAAGAGACCUGGGAAGCUGGUAAUUUAUGAUCAACCACAGUUCUCGGGGGAAGCAAAUGAAAUCUUCAGAGAUGUAGAAGAUGCCACUUGUUUUAAAUUAUCACCUGUCAUUUCUGUAAGGGUGGUAAGAGGAUGCUGGAUUUUCUACGAAAAGCCACACUUUCAGGGCCAGUCAGUAGCUUUGGAAGAGGGGCAGACAGAGCUAGUAAAUGUCUGGAAUGAAGUGGCCUGUGAAGAGAAUGGUGCUGGUGAGAGAAAGCUUGACCCUGCAGCUCCCAUGGUGAUCGGCUCCAUUAGGCUAGCAGUAAAGGAUUACAGAGUACCUGAGAUUGACCUGUUCACUGACCCCGAAGGCAUGGGAAGAAAGAUGAACUUCUUCGAUGAUACAUUGGAGACAUGCACGUAUGCAAUGCCAAUGAACACAUCAUCUAUCAAAGUCCAUUCUGGAGUUUGGCUUGUCUUUGAAGAACCUGGUUUCUGCGGAUGUUCCAGUAUUUUAGAGCCAGGAGAAUACCCCUACCCAGAGUCCUGGGGCUUUCAGCAUCCUAUAGUCGGAUCACUUAGGCCACUAAAAAUGGGUGGACUGAAGGUAGAGCAUCCUAAUGAGCCCAAGGCUAUUGUUUAUGAAAAGCCAUUUUUUGAAGGGAAGCAUUUGGAGAUUGAAAGUGAAGCUUUUAGCUUCAGUGAAGGUGAUGACAAUGAAGAUUGUGCCACCUGUUGGGUAAAGAAAUUGGGAUCUGUUGGCUCAAUUAAAGUCCUACGAGGCAUCUGGGUAGGAUACGAGAAGCCAGGCUUCGAAGGACAUCAGUAUUUGAUGGAGGAAGGACAGUAUGAAGAUUGGAAAGACUGGGGUGGUUACUGUGAGCAGCUCCAAUCUUUACGACCCAUAAUCUCCGAUUUUUUGGCUCCACACAUGAAGAUGUACAGUGAGAAGGACUUUAGUGAAACGGGUCACACCAUGGAUGUACUGGGGCUAGUUCCAAUCAUGGAGGACACAGGCUUUGGUCAGAUUACUCAGUCUGCUGAUGUAAUUAGUGGGGUAUGGGUUGCUUUUGAGGAUCCUGGUUUUUCUGGACAACACUAUAUCCUGGAAAAAGGAAUGUACAGUAGCUUUGAGGACUGGGGAGCCCAAACCUUCAAGAUCUCGUCCGUUCAGCCCAUAUGUCUGGAGAACAUAAAUGGACCGAAAGCGAAAUUUAAGAUUCAGUUGUUCUCGGAGCCUGACUUCCAAGGCAGCAGUCGGACGCUGGAAGAAAGUGCGUCUGUGCUUCCUGAAGGUGUUUCUGUGAAGUCCUGCAAGGUUUUGACUGGCAGCUGGGUGGUAUACGAAGAGGAGAUGUUCGGGGGGAAACAAUAUUUGGUGGAAGAAGGAAACUACCCUGACCUCAAUGCAAUUGGCUGUCCGAGUCUGAACACAUGCAUCAAAUCUGUGCAGAUUCUAGGUUUUGAAUUUUCAGAGCCAUACAUUAUGCUUUUUGCAAAAGAAAACUUCAGAGGCAAGAAAAUUGUUCUGAAAGCUGAGGCAGUCAACCUACAGUUAAUGGGAUUCGAUGCCCACAUCUUCUCUGUACAAGUGGGUGGAGGAAUGUGGGUUGUUUAUGAACAGAGUAACUAUAGAGGAGAGCAGAUGUUACUGGCACCAAGUGAAAUAGCAUCCUGGCACAGAUACAGUGGGUGGCACAAGAUCGGCUCCUUACGGCCUGUGUAUCAGAAACGAGUAUUCUUUAGACUUCGCAACAGGGCAACAGGCACGCUAAUGUCAGUGACAGGCAGCUUGGAGGAUAUUAAAUUGGCAAGAAUCCAGGCUGUGGAAGAUACAGGAGACGAGGACCAGAUCUGGUUUUUCGAAGAAGGAUUAAUCAGAUGCAGAGCGGUUGAGGACUGUUGUUUAGAAACUACAGGAACUGUUGUAAUAGCUGGUAGCCGACUAGGCCUGUCACCAGAGCCGGGAAACGAGAAUCAUUUCUGGAGCAUCAGUCCUGAUGGUUUAAUAAAAUGUAGGUUGCGACCAGAAUGUGUUUUGGAAGUAAAAGGAGGUCAACAAUAUGACAAAAACCAAGUGAUCCUAAAUACAUUUGAUGAAAACAAACAAAACCAGAGAUGGGCUAUGGAAAUCUUGUAAACUGCUUUCACACACAAACAGAAAAAGCCAUGGUGUGCCUUCUAAGUGCAACACUCUUCAAGCGUAUAGGGGGAAGUCCUUCAGCAAACCAGAAACAAAGAAUUCAAUUUUGAGAACACCACCUUUUUAUACAAAAAAUAUAUAUUUUGCUAGACUAUAUUUUCCUUCAUUUAUGUAUUCUUUAGUUCCAUAUGUAACCAGCUAGAAAACUCGUUUCUUUUAAAAGCUCUCCUACAAAGAAAGACUGCAGCACUUUGUUGUACAGACGUACGUUUUGUAUUUACCUGUUUGACUGUAAGUUGUUUUUUUGUACAUUUAAUGAACCUAUAUAAAGGCUUUUAAUGUUAAUUGUAGGAAAGGGCUGGUCCUAAUGAGCUGUUUACCACAGUGCUGAAACCUAGAUCUGUUAGGGUGCAUCAUCACUCCUGUCAUUCAAAGGUGCUGUAUUUAUUGUUUUUGGAAUUCCCACAAGUUCUAUAGAACUCGCAGCUGCACAGGGGUAUGGAAUCCAUAAGAAAACACUUCUGUUACUCAGCAGCAUUAAAGGCUUCUGGAAAAUACUUAAAUCCCGUGCCACAUUCGUUUUAUAAUAAUGCUUAGCACAAACAACUCAACCAAAUUACAUGUCAGACUAAUUGUUUGUUUUAUUAUAAAACAAAUGUAUCUCCCUAUUAGAGGUAUAUAUUGUUUUUAACUACACUUGAUUAUUAUAACUACAGCCAUGUCAUAUUUUUAUUUUGGCCUACAUAUAUUAAGAAUAAAGACGACACUAAAACAAAUUAAAAACAAGUGGCAUUCCCCCUUUGUUUUUGUACUAUGUGCUUGAGUUGCAUGUUAAACGUUAAAGCUGUACAUUAAUUUAACAUAAGUAAUUAAGUAAAAAUUUGAAACUGAUAUACUAAAGCACUGUACAGUAUUAAAAUAAAACACAUGGGUCUAUUUAAACUGUAUAAUUACGGAUCUAGUGAUUUAUCGACAUACAGGACUUUAGUUACAAGUUGAGGAAAGUGAUGGAUAACUGAGGCCAAUUGUGCAUACUGUUUAUGUACUAGGUGACUGUUUAAAUGAUGGAUCAAAGCAGCUUUGUGUUGAAAUGUGGUUCUAAAUUCUGAGAGCAGUGUAAACUUGUAAAACCAGGUCCCGUACUGCCAGGCGCUGUCUGUGACAGUAGCAUGUUAAGAGGGGCAGAAUUUUGGGUCAGUCCACACAAACUGAUUAACAUAAGCAUGACUCAACUGGCAGUCUUCUUGUACAAAGGUAAAAAUACACAAUAUCUUUCUUGCU